AUGGAUUUACCGCCUAAACGAUCUGCGAAACAAAAAUACGUCAUGUAUGGUUUGGAGACCUCGGUAUACCACUUAAUGUCUGAAGAAUUCAACGGGUUCUUCAAUAUCACUUUUACAUACAAGCUCUCAUCUAAUAUCACGAUUCCUUACGUAGUCAUAAAAAACGAUAACAAUGAGGUGAUCGGGCCGAAAAUUGAUAUGCAUUGGAUGAAUGUGAGUGAAAUGAACGAAACGAGCGAUUAUGUGAAAAGCAAACUACGAAAUAAACACAUCGCGGCCGCGUGGAUUGUAUCCCACUGCGAUACACCUUUCCGUCGUUUAUAUGCCUUCGCUUUAAGAGAUGAAUUGGCUCGAUAUGGGCACAUACUGGAUAUUUAUGGGAAAUGCGGCACAAAGCAAUGUCCUCGAGGCGAUUACGGGGCGUGCGGUAACAUUCAAUGUCCUCAAUUUGGAAGAAUGGAUGAAUGUUUAGCAUAUUUAGAGUCAGAUUAUUAUUUUUAUUUAUCAUUUGAGAAUUCGUUCAGUGAGGACUACGUCACUGAAAAGCUUUUGCAUCCUUUACAACACUACUCAGUGCCUGUGGUUUUUGGAAGAGCUAAUUAUACCAGAUUCAUGCCUAAAGGAAUUUAUUUGGACGCCAACAUUUUACCGCCGGCGAAAAUGGCGGAAAUAAUGACUAAAAUUAUAAAUGACACGAACAAAUAUUACGAAUUUUUCAAAUGGCACGACCACUACAGUUUCCACUUCUCUGGUGAGGAUCGUUACAGUGGAGAAAUGUGCAAAUUGUGUACGUUUCUUAAUAAGAAACACCGAGUUGGGGCUGACGCGGAGCCGCCAGCGUGCGAGACGAGACUGCUCAACGGAGACCUCUGGCGCCGUUUCCACGACAUCGGCACCGAAAUGAUCAUUACCAAGGGCGGGCGACGCAUGUUUCCGUCGCUCCGCGUAUCCCUCAGCGGUUUGGACCCACGUGAAGAAUAUUGCGUACUCUUGGAGAUGUCCCUUGUGGGGCGGCGCCGCUGGCGGUGGGCAGGAGGCGCCUGGGCAGCGGCUGGAGGGGCAGAACCCCAAUCCCCAAGGAGACUGAUGCUGCAUCCCGACUCUCCUGCGCCUGGACACCAUUGGACGGCCAAUCCGGUGUCAUUUAGCAAGCUGAAGCUGACGAAUAAUACUAUGGAUUCACAAGGGCAUAUGGUACUAACGUCAAUGCACAAGUAUAGGCCUCGAGUAUUGGUAGUUCGGGCUCGUGAUGCUGCAGCGUUGGCCUGGGGCGCGCCACACGCCGCGUUCUCCUUCCCUGAGACCGAGUUCAUUGCUGUCACUGCUUAUCAGAACGAUCGCAUCACCAAAUUGAAGAUUGAUAACAAUCCUUUCGCGAAAGGUUUCCGCGCAUGUGGUCAAUCGAAAUGCAAACGGAAGAACGUCGAUACGACGGAAAACACCGAAUCGUCAAACAACGUGUCUUCCGAGCCUAAACGCCCGUGUUCUGACGCGGCGUCGUCAUGUUCAGAGGAAGGUAGCCUGAGGUCCACAUCACCAAGAUCGCCACCAUUAGUAGAAUCUCCAGCACCACUUAUAACUCCUCCAGAAAACAUAACACCUCCUCCUUCUUUUUACCCACCUGAAUUGCCCUAUAUUAGUCCCCUUCAUAUGCCAAUGCCUUUAGGUCUCUGGCCUGGUGCUUCAAUACCUGGAGGUUUCGCAUGGGGACCGGCGUUACCCCCACCUCCACCUCGCAUUCGGUCUCCUCCCUCUGCAGCUCCUGCGCCAUGCCGUCGCGUGAAAAGUUUCACUAUCAGUGCACUUCUUGGUGAAGGCUAAGAUAUUUUUUAUCGGCGAGGAAGAAAGCAAUAUAACUACUUAAUUGUAAACUUUAAAUUACCUUGUUGAUAUUUUGUUAAUUGAUUUUAUAUUGGUACCUACCUCUUAGUUAAUGUUAGAGUUUAAUGUAAUGUGAUAAAAGUGCCUUAAGAUGUAGCAAUAAACCCGAUAACUUAAUGGCUUUUACAGCGCUAUUUAUGUAGUAUUUCUAUCUAAAUGGAAG